CAGGCUCAACAUGGUGGGUCUGGGCGGUCGCUGAGAGGCCGGUGGAGUGACCGUUGAGCGGGCGGUUGGCUGCGCCGAGGGUCCGAGUCUGCGGUCCUCGGGAGGGACUCGGCUCCAGCACUGAGGGAGGCGGAGGAAGGAGCGGGCCAGGCCGGGCGGGCGGCCCCUCGCUUGAGCUCGGCGGGUCGGGCCGCUCUGUCGGCCGGAGCGAUGGCCCAGCGAGUGCAGUCGGUGCAGGAGUUUCUCCAAGACUCGUUCGUUCCUUUGGUGGCCGCGCUGUGUAGCGAGGAGGCGGAGAGGAUCACGCGCAAGAACAACCUGGGCUUCUGCGAGUUGGUGAAGCCCUUCUGCCGCCUCACCUCCGAAGUGCACAUGAGGGAUCCCAACAACCAACUACACAUAAUCAAAAACUUGAAAAUUGCUGUCAACAACAUUAUUACUCAGCCUCCUCAACCAGGAGCCAUUCGGAAGCUUCUCAGUGAUGUUGUGACUGUUAGUCAGCCUGCCGAAGGAUUAGUAGCUAAUGUGAUUACUGCAGGAGAUUAUGAUCUCAACAUUAGUGAUCGCUCAGUUAAAGCUAGUGUUCCUUGGUACAGUAGUUGGAAAGACACACUGAUGGGACUGAACACAUCCACGUUUUAUUCAGCUACAACUCCAUGGUUUGAGGCUUAUCGAGAGAGCUUUCUUCAGUCUAUGCCAGCAUCGGACCAUGAAUUUCUGAACCACUAUGUAGCCUGUAUGCUUGUCGUGUCAUCUAGUGAACCAGAACCUGUGGAACAGUUUCUAAAAUUAUCACAAGAACAGCAUCGAAUUCAACAUAGUAAUGAAUAUUCUUAUCCGAAAUGGUUUAUUCCAAACACACUCAAAUAUUAUGUGUUGUUGCAUGAUGUGAGUGUAGGGGAGGAACAAAGGGCUGAUUCAAUUUAUGAAGAAAUGAAGCAAAGAUAUGGGACUCAGGGAUGCUACUUACUUAAGAUAAAUUCUCGGGGGUCUAACAGAGGAGCAGAUGAACAGAUUCCUGAUCCUUGGAGUCAGUAUCUUCAGAAAAGCAAUAUCCAAGUCCAGGAAUCUUGUGAGGAUAGCUCUUAUACAGUAAUUUCAAAUAAGAAUACAGAUCACUUUAUACCACUGGAUGAUUUAGGAAAUGAUUCCAAAGUAGAUGGUUUGUCAAAUAACUUUAAGACUCACCCACUCCAGUUGGAUCACACUAGUGACAGUGGCUGCUUUGAUGGCACUGAUUAUCUAAAAUCAAAUGCUUCACUGCAUGAAUCAAAGAAGUCAAACACUGGGACACCACACGGCAUGUGUUUGACACUCACAGAUCAUGAUCGAAUUCGACAAUUCAUUCAGGAAUUCACUUUUAGGGGACUUCUGCCACAUAUAGAGAAAACGAUCAGGCAACUUAAUGACCAGCUAAUAUCCAGGAAGGGUCUGAGUCGGUCAUUGUUUUCAGCAACCAAAAAAUGGUUUAGUGGCAGUAAAGUUCCAGAGAAAAGUAUAAAUGAACUGAAAAGUACUUCUGGUUUGUUGUAUCCCCCGGAAGCACCAGAACUUCAAAUCAGGAAAAUGGCAGAUUUAUGUUUCCUGGUACAACACUAUGAACUGGCAUAUAGUUGCUAUCAUACAGCAAAGAAAGACUUUUUGAAUGAUCAAGCAAUGCUUUAUGCAGCUGGAGCACUGGAAAUGGCAGCAGUGUCUGCUUUUCUGCAGCCAGGAGCACCUAGGCCAUACCCUGCUCAUUACAUGGAUACUGCCAUUCAAACCUACAGGGAUAUCUGCAAGAACAUGUUGCUGGCUGAGAGGUGUGUGCUGCUUAGUGCUGAAAUAUUAAAAAGCCAAAGCAAAUACUCAGAGGCAGCUGCUCUCCUGAUACGUUUAACCACUGAGGAUUCAGAUCUUCGGAGCGCACUGUUGUUGGAACAAGCUGCACAUUGCUUUAUAAAUAUGAAAAGUCCUAUGGUUAGAAAAUUUGCCUUUCAUAUGAUACUGGCUGGCCACCGGUAUAGUAAAGCAGGACAGAAGAAGCAUGCUUUGCGAUGUUACUGCCAAGCCAUGCAAGUUUAUAAAGGAAAGGGAUGGUCACUUGCAGAGGAUCAUAUAAACUUCACUAUUGGCCGCCAGUCUUUUACACUUCGACAACUUGAGAAUGCUGUAUCGGCUUUCAGGCAUAUUUUGAUCAAUGAUAGUAAGCAAACUGCUGCUCAGCAAGGGGCCUUCCUCCGGGAAUAUCUUUACGUUUAUAGGAAUGUAAGUCAGCUGUCACCUGAUGAACCAUUACCACAGCUUCCUUUACCCUAUAUUAAUAGCUCUGCAACGCGAGUUUUCUUCGGACAUGACAGACGGCCAGCUGAAGGUGAAAAACAGGCAGCAACGCACAUAAGCCUUGACCAAGAAUAUGAUUCUGAAUAUUCACAACAAUGGAAAGAGCUUGAAGAGCAAGUUGUGGCUAUCGCUAACAAAAGCGUUGUACCGUCAAAUUUUCAGCCAACACAGUAUUGUCUGAACAAAUACUCAGAUAAUUCUAGGUUUCCACUUGGUGUAGUUGAAGAACCAAUUACUGUGGAAGUAGCUUUUAGAAAUCCACUGAAAGUUCCACUUCUGUUAACUGACUUAUCACUGCUUUGGAAAUUCCAACCAAAGGAUUUCAGUUCAAACAAUAAUGGAGAAACAAAGGAACUAAUAACAAGUGGAAAAGAUAUGAUUGGAGCUGAAGUAAUAUCAGAAUUUUUGAUUAACAGUGAAGAAACAAAAAUGGCAAGACUAAAGCUCUUUCCCCAUCAAACAGGGGAGCUACACAUUCUGGGAGUCGUUUACAAUCUUGGCACUAUUCAGGGUACUACAGUGCUAGAUGGAAUAGACACUUCGGUGGGAUUGCAAGCAGGAAAAUAUAUUCCUAAUGGAACAUCAGUUCGAGGCCGACAAGAUUUGGAAAUCCAAGGCCCUCGCCUAAAUAACACAAAGGAAGAGAAAACAUCUAUUAAAUAUGGACCAGAUCGCCGUUUAGAUCCCAUUAUUACUGAGGAAAUGCCUUUACUAGAGGUAUUUUUUAUUAACUUUCCAACUGGGCUCCUUUGUGGAGAAAUCCGAAAGACUUAUGUAGAGUUUAUGAAUGUAAGCAAGUGCCCUCUGACUAGACUGAAAGUUGUCUCUAAACGACCAGAGUGUUUUACCUUUGGUGGCAGCAGUAGCAUUUUAACUCCAUUAAGUCCAUCAACAUCCGAACAUUGCAGCGCUUACAAGACUGUUCUGAAACAUUCUACCUCUGUAUGUUCACUGAUGUCUUCAGCUUCUUCUGUAGACUUUGGGGCUGGAACAGGAAAUCAAACGGAAGUGAUAGAUGUUCCACUUCCUGACUCCGUUCUCCUCCCUGGAGCUUCAGUACAGCUACCUAUGUGGAUACGUGGGCCAGACGAAGAAGGCGUUCACGAAAUACAUUUUUUAUUUUACUAUGAAAGUAUUAAAAAACACACAAAAAUGUGUCACAGAGUAUUAAGACACACAGCAGUUAUUUGUACCAGCCGAUCACUGACUGUACGGGCUACUGCAUAUCGAAGUAAUGCUCUUGAGGAUGAAAAAGGUGAAGGUGACAAUAUGCUAGUGUUUGUGGAUGUGGAAAAUAUCAAUACUAGUGAAGCUGGUGUAAAAGAAUUUCACAUAGUACAAGUGUCUAGUAACAGUAAAAACUGGAAGCUGCAGGAAUCCAUAAAUCUCUCUGAAGACAAAGAUAUUAAGCUGGCUAACAGAGAGAAAGGAAAGCUGUGCUUGAAAGCUGUAAGAUGCAAAAAUUUAUUAGAUAAUUAUACAUUUGCAGAUAUUAUUUUUGGAAAUGAACAGAUUAUCAGUUCCACCAGUCCAUGUGCAGAUUUCUUCUUCCGAAGCUUACCAUCUGAAUUUAAAAAGACUCAAACACAACAUACUAUGCAUGCUUCACAAGGAAGUGCAAAACAGUCUCUUGACAAUGCUGUCAGACUGAUACAGAAAUGUAGCGAAGUGGAUUUGAAUAUCAUUGUACUUUGGAAGGCAUAUGUUAUAGAAGAUAACAAGCAACUGAUAUUGGAAGGCCAGCAUCAUGUUGUGCUUCAUACAGUAGGAAAGGAGGCAUUUUCUUUCCCACAAAAGCAGGGUUUUAAAAAAAUACUCGGGAAUUCUGACUGGGAAGACUUGGAGCAGGAGUCUCCAGAUAUGGUUCUCUUCAACUUUUUCCGGCCAGAAUCCACAUCAGUACCGGCAAAGCCAUCUCUAGAUCACCUGUCUAACCUUAUUAAGACUAGUCUUCAUUAUCCAGAAACAUAUAAUCACCCAUUUCAUCAGAAAAGCCUUUGUGUAGUCCCAGUCAUUCUUCUACUUUCAAAUUGUUCUCAGGCUGAUGUCGAUGUGAUCAUAGAUCUGCGACAUAAAACAACAAGUCCAGAAACACUUGAAAUUCAUGGCUCAUUUACCUGGCUUGGGCAAACCCAAUACAAACUUCAGUUGAAAAGCCUGGAGGUAUCUAGUCUGCAGUUAAAAGCAUGCUUUGUUCAUACAGGAGUUUAUAACCUUGGAACCCUGCGAGUAUUUGCCAAGCUUUCGGACCAAGUUACUUUGUUUGAAACAAGUCAACAGAACUCAAUGCCAGCACUGAUUAUCAUUAACAGCAUUUGAGUUGCUGCAGGAUUAUCUCAGAAACCAAAAAAAACAAAAGAACCCUGUUUAUUUACUGUAUUUUUUUUAACUUUGCAACCGUGACAUCUGACUUGUGUAAAAGAUGUAGAUAAAAUACUAACGUUCUAAGACUGCUUGUCUACUUCUGUUUCAUAAUGCCAGGCACGUUGGAUUUAAAGUUGAUAUCCUUUUUCAAGUAUUUCGUAUGUUAAACAGAAGUACUCCUAGCAACUUUGGCUCUUCAUAACAGAACUGGGAAAUCCUUGUAUACCACCGACUCUUGUCAAAAUACAGCUUUACUGCUGUGGAAACAUUACAGCAUAUGUUAAUAUUUGUGGCUGUAUUAGUCAACUUAGGACAAAGACUUUUGUUGGCAUUUUUGCUCUAAAGCCAUCUUGGUAAUUCCAUUGUUUCUGUGAAGUCCACUAGGAUAUAAAAUAUGAAGCCUAUCCAGUUUAUUUUUACUUUAAAAAAUUAAGUUGGGGUUUUUUCAUGUUCCGAUAGCUGGUUCUUCUUAUAACUUGCACAUAACUCCAACUCAAUAUUUUCAAAUAAUU